AUUAAAUCUUUUAAAUGAGUUUAAGUAUAUUCAGUGCUAAAACAAGUUAUUACAAGAAUGGCAUCUGGUGGUUUACCAAGAUGGCCGCAAGAGUGGUUGGAGAGGAAAGAUGGGAUGCCUUAAGAAUGGCAAGAAGAGUAUACGGAAACAAAUUUUACUAUGGAAGACAACAGGUGUUAUUUGAUGUCUUUUAUGAUUGGCCUGCAUUCGCCAAUAUGAUUGGUAUUUACCCAAAAGUUGACACAUCACAUGGAUUCCUUCAUUGGGCAACUUAUGAAGCAUACAGAGAUUGGCAAGAGCAUACCUUGAAUUCAGAUGGUGCCUUUGCCAUGUGGGUUUAUUUAAUUUGUGGUGUAUACAUUGCGCAUUACUAUUAUUCAUAUGUGAUUCCCUAUUAUUGGACAAACCUCUUCCCAGCCAAGAAUGAGGAAUUCGUGAGAUUGAGAAUGAAAGAUGCCUUAGCAUCAACAGUCCAAGAAGAAUUAUUCGGUAACUAAUUUGCAGAAUUCGGUUGGACUCCACACGAUUUUCAUUACAACAGACAGAGAUGCAUGGCUGGUUACAGUCAUCCAGAUGACCCUCGUACCAUGCACAUGGCCAGUUUCAAUAGAAAACACAAAUACAAGGAGCAUUACAUGAAGACAGUAGGAGUGUAAAGCAGAAUGACAGGACUCUGAUCAGAUUAUAUAUAUACAUAUAAAUAUCAUCAUUACCUCCAGAGA